AUGUGCAGUCCCGAUUCCCCCGCCCCUGCCGGCAACGGCGGCGCAUCCGCAAAACAGCAGGCGCCGGCGCACAUCUACUUGAAGCUCGUGCCCGUGGGGGGAACAGAGAAGCCGGUGGCCCAACACCAGCUCCCCUUUGCAGCCGCGCCCGACGAGACCAUUGCGGAGGCCAAAUCCCUUUUCACGCUGUCCUUCCCCAUUGCUCUCACCGCCCUCCUGCUUUACUCGCGCUCCGUCAUCUCCAUGCUCUUUCUUGGGUCCCUCGGCGACUUGUCGCUCGCCGCAGGCUCCCUCGCCGUGGCAUUCGCCAACAUCACCGGUUACUCUGUGCUCUCCGGCCUCUCCCUCGGCAUGGAGCCCCUCUGUUCCCAGGCUUUCGGGGCCAACCAACCCAAGCUUUUGUCCGUCACUCUUCACCGCGCUGUUCUGUUCCUCCUCUCCUCGUCCCUUCCCAUCGGUUUUCUAUGGUUCAACAUGUCGAAGAUUCUGCUCUUCCUCCGACAAGACCCAGACAUCACCUAUCUGGCUCAAACCUACCUCCUCUUCUCCUUUCCGGACCUCAUUUCCUUCUCCUUUAUCCACCCCAUCCGCAUCUAUCUCCGCUCCCAGGGCCUCACCCGCCCGUUGACGCUCGCCGCCUUGUUCGCCGUCGCCGUCCAUGUCCCCGUCAGCCUCUUCUUCGUGAAACACCUCCGCCUCGGUGUCUCCGGCGUCGCUGCCGCCUCCGCCACCGCCAACUUCGCCCUGCUCCUCUUCCUGGUCUCCUACAUCUGGGCCACCGGAGUUCACGAGACGACAUGGGAGGCCCCAACACGCAAGUGCCUCGGCGGGUGGAGCCCCCUGGUUCGCCUUGCCACGCCAAGCUGCGUGUCAGUCUGCUUGGAGUGGUGGUGGUACGAGCUCAUGAUCCUGCUCUGCGGCCUGCUCCCCGACCCCAAGGCGACCGUGGCUUCCAUGGGAUUGCUCAUUCAAACCACGGCACUCUUCUACGUCUUCCCCUCGUCGCUCGGCUUCGGCGUCUCAACUCGCGUCGGCAACGAGCUCGGAGCGAACCGUCCUGGCCGCGCGCGCACCUCCGCCGCCGUUGCCGUCUUCCUAGCGGCGGCGAUGGGAUUCAUGGCGACGAGCUUUGCGGCGGGAGUGAAGGACGUGUGGGGGAAGAUGUUCACCGACGACGCGGAGAUACUCCGGCUGACCUCGGCGGCGCUGCCCAUCUUGGGACUAUGCGAACUGGGCAACUGCCCGCAGACGGUGGGCUGCGGCGUCCUCCGCGGCAGCGCUCGUCCGAGCGACGCGGCCAACAUCAACCUGGGCGCCUUCUACCUGGUAGGGAUGCCGGUGGCCAUCUCGCUCGGUUUCGGCUUCGGCGUAGGCUUCUGCGGGCUUUGGAUUGGCUUGCUGGCGGCGCAGAUCUGCUGCGCUGGGCUGAUGCUCUACGCUGUGGGUUCCACCGACUGGGAGGCCCAGGCUCGGCGGGCUCAGGCUCUGACCUGCGCCGGUGCGGGGAAGGUCGAGCUGGAGCCGAUACCCAGCCCCGAGGAGCGGCUCUGCAGCGAACCCUUCAUCUGCAUCAGGAUGGCGGCGGAGCAGGGAGGGAACACCGUCUGCGACGACCACUAG